AUGGCUGUUUGUAGUAGUUCGUGUUCAAAUGCAUCCAGUCUCCUUAUGCAUGUCAUGUUGAUCGUGCUCUUCCUCUUAUGUCUCUGCCUUGGUGGUAGAGAUGGUUCCAUGGUGGAAGGGAGCUGCAUAGAGAGUGAAAGGAGAGCUCUGCUUUCUAUCAAAGAAGACAUGCACGACCCCGCCCCGUGGCUCUCCUCUUGGGAGGGCCAAGACUGCUGCAGAUGGAGGGAAGUGGGCUGCAAUAAUAUCACUGGCCAUGUGGUAAAGCUCGAUCUCAGAUAUCCAUAUGACAUAUUUGUCCAAUAUGAAACUAUGAAAUUUCCAGGUCCAAGUAAGGUAAAUCCUUCUUUGCAUGACUUGAUGCAUUUGAAGCACUUGGAUUUGAGCAUGAACAAUUUUUUUGGAGCUCCCAUUCCUAAAUUUAUUGGUUCCCUUGUGCAUUUAGAGUAUCUUAACUUCUCCUACGCCGGCUUCAGUGGAACCAUUCCACCUGAGCUUGGAAACCUCUCGAAUCUGCAAUUCCUUGAUAUUAGUUGGAAUGGUGAUAUUUUUUAUGAUUAUGGAUGGGCCUUACAUGCUGAUAGCCUUCGUUGGCUCUCCAACAUCCCUUCUUUGCAAUUGCUUGGCUUAGAUGGUGUCAACCUCUCCAAGGCAGCUAACUGGUUUCAUGAUAUUAACAUGCUCCCUUUUCUAUUAGACUUGCAUUUGUCGGAUACUAGCCUCCCUGUUGCAUCUGCUUCCAUGUCACAUGUUAACCUCACAUCUCUCACCAUGUUUGAUCUUUCUUGGAAUUACCAUCUCAAUGCUACCAUACCACAUUGGCUGUUCAAUAUUAGCAAUCUUGUGCAUCUUGAUCUUGGAAGAUGUGGUUUACCUGACCGACUACUAUUUUCUAUAGGGGAUCUACAGCACUUGAAAAUCUUAAAUUUGUUUGGUAAUCAAAUUACUAGAGAAUUUUUUCCCAACUUAGCAAGCCUCAGCCACCUGGAACAUCUAGAUAUGUCUCGGAACAAAAUUAGUGGAAAGGUACCGAAAAGCAUCGAGAAGCUCCACAACUUAGUGGAAUUGGAUUUGUCAGACAAUAAAAAUAUAAGUGGGGAGAUACCAGAAUUCAUUGGAAAUCUAAUUCACCUACAGGUAUUAGAUUUAUCCGGUAAUGAGAUCAGCGGUGAGAUACCAAAAAUCAUUGGGAAUCUCAUCCACCUACAGACUCUAGAUCUAUCAGAAAACAAAAUCAAUGGAGAGAUACCAGAUCUUUUCGACAAGCUUCAUAGACUACAUGAUUUGAGAUUAUCAAGGAAUUGCAUAACUGGGACGAUACAGAGAUUUAUAAGGAACCAAUGCAAGUUGAACAUUCUACAAACACUAGAUUUAUCGUAUAACAACAUCAGUGGGGAGAUACCAAAAAUUCUAGGUCAGUUGUCCGCACUCCAAAGUUUGCAACUCUUCUCAAACUCUUUUACGGGUCAUUUGACUGAAGCCCACUUUGCCAAUCUUACGAGAUUAGAAGUCUUGUAUCUGUCUUGCAAUUCUUUUCAACUGAAUCUAAGUCACCAAUGGGUUCCUCCUUUUAAUGUCAAAUAUCUUGGGAUACAGUCUUGUCAUUUGGGACCCAAAUUUCCAACUUGGCUUCGAACACAGACAAAUUUAGAAGAACUAUGGCUCUGUAAAAACAACAUUUCAGAUGGAUUUCCUACUUGGUUUUGGGAUCUAAAAAAUAUUCAUUAUCUGAAUGUGUCCCACAAUAGCAUGACAGGGCAACUACCAACUUCUUUGGGAGGCCAGCGAUAUACAAUUUUUGAUGUCAGUUUCAACAACAUUCAUGGUCCAAUUCCUGAAUUGGAUCCUCUUGGCCUAUAUAUAAUGAUACUAUCUAACAACUCAUUUUCUGGACCUAUUCCCUUGAGCUUUGGCACAGCUAUGAAUCUAGAAGUCUUUAUUUUGUCCAAUAACCAUAUUAACGGUAGCAUCCCCAAAUCCCUUUGCAAUCUAUCUUCAUUAGAAGUUCUUGAUCUCUCCAACAAUAACUUAUCUGGUGGCAUCCGGCUAUUCUUUAGCAGUCUGGCUUCAUUGGAGGUUCUCGAUCUAUCUAACAAUAAGUUAUCUGGAGAACUUCAUCACUAUCAAUGCAAACCACGGGAACAAAUGACCGACUCCCAAAAGGACAACAAGUUAGAACAUUCUUCGGACUCAAUGGCAUGUCCUGCUAAUCUCCAAUCGCUGCAUCUGAGAAAGAACAAGUUCUCUGGAAACCUGCCUUUAUGGUUGAAAUAUUGUAAACAGUUGGUUGUUCUUGAUUUUAGUGAAAAUAGAUUCUCAGGCAACCUGCCAGUAUGGAUUGGAGAAAGCCUCAGAUCUUUGAGAGUUCUUUCUUUGAGGUCAAAUUUCUUCAACGGUAGUAUCCCAGUGCAACUAUCACAUCUUACUUCUCUUCAAGUUUUGGACCUUGCUUGCAACAAUUUUUCAGGUGCUUUGCCUCCAUCAUUCGGAAAUUUCAGCACAAUGAUGAAGAUACAGAAUGCAGACAAACCAAUGCUUUCAGACUUCAAUGCUUACUAUACAGAGGGCUUAUUAAUGACCCCCAAGGGAAUCGAAAUUAAAUACACCAGUGUGCUCUCACUUGUAAUGAGCAUUGACCUCUCACUCAACAAUCUUUCUGAAGUGAUUCCUACGGAAUUGGUAAACCUUCAUGGACUGCGUUUCUUGAACCUCUCUAAUAAUCACUUCACAGGAAGGAUCCCAAGGCAUAUUGGUGACUUGAGGCAGUUAGAAUCACUUGAUCUAUCGGUGAAUACUCUCUCAGGGAUGAUUCCGUCAAGUAUAUCCUCCAUGUAUUCUUUAAGUCACCUGAACUUGUCCAACAAUAACUUGUCAGGAAGAAUUCCAUGGGGAAAUCAAUUGCAGACAUUAUGUGAUCCCUCCAUUUAUAGUGGCAAUCCUGAUCUUCGUGGAUGGCCAUUGCCAGGGUGCUUUAAUGAUGCCCCUUUAAGCAGUCCAUUUCAAACAAGAGCUCUAGAGGAGGAACCUAGAAAUGGCGAUGAGUCUGAAAUGAUAUGGCUUUAUACUUUCUCUGCACUGGGUUUUGUUGUGGGCCUAUGGGGGUUCGUCUACGUCCUCAUGAUCAAACGAGCUAUAAGGAUUGCUUACUUCCAUUUGAUUGACAUGACUUACGAUUACAUCAAUUUGCAAUUAGCAAUGAGAUUUGCCAAAUUGAAGUCCAUGUUGCCCAUCUUGAUGAACAAUACCCAAGGAUAA